AUGUCUUCUCUCCCUCCUGUUUACAUUGUCUCGACGGCCCGCACUCCCGUGGGUUCGUUCCUUGGCUCUCUGUCCGGCCUCGCUGCUCCUCAGCUUGGUGCUCACGCGAUCAAAGCGGCUGUUGAGCGGGCCGAGGGUAUCAAUGCUUCCGAUGUCGAGGAGGUCUUCUUCGGCAAUGUUCUGUCUGCUGGUGUUGGCCAGAACCCCGCUCGCCAGUGUGCCAUUCACGCCGGUCUCCAGGAGUCCACCGUUUGCACGACCGUCAACAAGGUCUGCGCCUCUGGCCUGAAGGCCAUUAUUCUCGGUGCCCAGACAAUCAUGACUGGCAACGCCGACGUUGUCGUUGCCGGUGGUGCUGAGUCCAUGUCCAACACUCCUCACUAUCUGCCCAGCCUGCGCGGCGGUGCCAAGUACGGCAACCAGACCAUGGUGGACGGAAUUAUGAAGGACGGUCUCCAGGACGCUUACGGCAAGCAGGAGCUGAUGGGCUUUGCUGCCGAGGAGUGUGCUCAGGACCAUGACUUCAACCGCGAGCAGCAGGAUGAGUACGCCAUCCGUACCUACCAGAAGGCCCAGGCCGCGCAAAAGGCCGGUGCUUUCGACUUUGAGAUUGCCCCUAUUGAGAUCCCCGGCUUCCGUGGCAAGCCCGGUGUGACCGUUUCUCAGGACGAUGAGCCCAAGAACCUGAACCCCGAUAAGCUCCGCGCCAUGAAGCCCGCUUUCAUCCCCGGCACCGGUACCGUCACUGCCCCCAACUCCUCUCCCCUGAACGACGGUGCUGCGGCUGUUGUCUUGGUCUCCGAGGCCAAGGUGAAGGAGCUGGGUCUCAAGCCCAUUGCCAAGAUUCUGGGUUGGGGCGAGGCUGCCCACACCCCCAGCAAGUUCACCACUGCCCCCGCUCUGGCGAUCCCCAAGGCCCUGAAGCACGCUGGCGUGACUCAGGACUCCAUCGACGCCUUUGAGAUCAACGAGGCUUUCAGUGUGGUUGCUCUCGCCAACAUGAAGCUGUUGGGUCUUUCUGAGGAGAAGGUCAAUAUCCACGGCGGUGCCGUCGCCAUCGGCCACCCGCUCGGUGCCAGCGGUGCCCGUAUCGUCUCCACUCUGCUCGGUGUCCUGAAGGCCAAGCAAGGCAAGCUUGGCUGUGUUGGCAUCUGCAACGGCGGUGGCGGUGCCAGUGCCCUGGUGCUUGAGUCUCUCUUCUAA